UUACUUCUGUUACGUCUGAAAUUGACAUUCCACGGCAAAGAGGGACAGAAUCACAGAAAGGAGUAAAGGACCUUCGAGAAACGAAUUGAGCACUCGCCGAUCAGUACCACCACCGUCGCCGUUGCCGCGACUACAAUUGGUACCGUCCAGACGCCGAGAGUGGCGGAGGACGAAGACCCCGACUGGAAGCACCAAUCUAUUGCCUCCCUGGGUCCCGGCAAAGCCAUCAUCCUUCGCAUAUCAGCUAUCACUCGCCUUCAUCACCAUCGUUGCAUCCGGCCGGCCGGCCGCGGCCGUUCCCUACUUGAGCUCCCUGUUUCUCUGAUCGGCUUGAUUCUUUGCUACUUCAGGGUAAACUGGAAGGGUCUAAUGGCUUCAUCUAAAGAGACCGAGACUGAGCUGGUUGCUUCAUCUUCGCCUAAGAAUGUAUACAAGGAUCCAGAUGAUGGUCGACAACGUUUCCUUCUCGAAUUGGAGUUUGUCCAGUGUCUUGCUAAUCCAACUUACAUACACUACUUAGCUCAGAACCGGUAUUUUGAAGAUGAGGCAUUCAUUGGAUACUUGAAAUACCUCCAGUAUUGGCAACGACCAGAGUACAUUAAGUUCAUAAUGUAUCCUCACUGUUUAUAUUUUCUAGAGCUUCUCCAAAAUGUGAACUUCCGCAAUGCAAUGGCACACCCGGGCAACAAGGAGUUGGCGCACAGACAGCAGUUCUACUAUUGGAAAAACUAUCGGAACAAUCGAUUGAGGCACAUUUUGCCCAGGCCCCUUCCUGAACCUGUGGCUGAGGCAACUCCUGCUGCUGCUCCCGCUCUACCACCUCCACCUGCAGUCCCCAUUGGCCUUCCUUCUUCAACUAUGGGUAUGCCACCAGCUGCUCCUACCUCCACACUUUCCCCCAUGCCAUAUGGCAUGAACCCCGGACGAAAUGAGAUGAGGAAUGUGGGUAUAGAUCGAAGAAAGAGAAAGUACACAACCCCCCAACGAUCCGCCAUUGCCGACUUGCUGUGGCUGGGAAUCGCCCGCCCGUCCAGUCUCGAGAACAUCUGGAGAAGAAAAUUUCCUGCUGACAGCGCUCGCAACUCCAACCCCUGCGAACCAUCAUCCCCUGGAGUGGACAGGAACAAUGGGAGGAUUGUGGCAACAGCGUCUACGGUCGAGCAUUCGAUCAAAAACACGCUCGAAUGCGGUCGAUCGUGCAAUGCCAAAGCAGCGACGGUUGUUGGCGAGGUUUUAGCUAUGCGGCUGAAGGUGGAAGGGCUCGAACAUGGGCUGGGAAGAGGGAUUCACACGAAUGUAAACAAAGAGAUCGAGAAGAAGGGUUUCAAGAAUCGUACCAAGGUUUGGGCAGUCAUUAAUGGUCUUAGGAACAAUGGUGUUAAGCUUAUUCUCGAUGACAAUGUUGAUGAAAGUUCAUCCCCACGAGAUUCCUGAUGGAAUGUGGGGAGUCAUCUCUGUGAUUUGUGUACUGUUUUCCUGGGAGGUCCUGUUCUGCUGUUUGUUUUAGUUGUUUGAUUGCAGGAUUCCUUCAGCAAAGCAAUGGUGCAAAAGGUUGAUGAUUUAACCCUUUUCUCCAGCCACAACUUUUGUCUCUUUAUGCUUUCCAAAGCUGUAAAUUAAAUGUUCUGUAACUUUUACUGACUCAUGAGAGAGCUGAAAUUAAAGAAAAGGAAAGUGAGCCAUUAUUGUACCAGAAAAAAAGCUGGGGUUCUUCUGCUGGUGCAGUGAUGGUGCUGCUGCACUGAAUGCCUAAUGCCACCUUUUUCUGGGU